AUGGGUGAAUGUCCAGUUCACAAACCCGCCAAUGUCGCCGGCGGUGGCACCAGGAAUCACAACUGGUGGCCCGAAGGCCUCAAGCUCAAUGUCUUGCGUCAGCACACCGAGACGACCAACCCAAUGGGCAAGGACUUUGACUAUGCACAAGCUUUCAAGAGCCUCGAUUACUAUGCACUGAAGAAGGAUCUCCACAACCUGAUGACCGACUCUCAGGAUUUCUGGCCCGCUGAUUUCGGUCACUACGGUGGUCUGUUCAUUCGCAUGGCGUGGCACAGUGCCGGUACUUACCGGGUGUUCGACGGUCGUGGAGGUGGUGGCCAGGGUCAGCAGAGAUUUGCCCCACUUAACAGCUGGCCCGAUAACGUCAGCUUGGACAAGGCCCGCCGCCUGCUGUGGCCCAUUAAGCAGAAGUAUGGCAACAAGAUCUCUUGGGCUGAUCUCCUGCUCCUCACCGGAAAUGUCGCUCUGGAGUCCAUGGGCUUCAAGACCUUUGGCUUCGCUGGUGGUCGUCCUGAUGUCUGGGAGGCUGAUGAGUCUGUUUACUGGGGUGGCGAGACCGUCUGGUUCACCAACGAUGUCCGCUACAAGGCUGAGAAUGAAGAUGAGAAGAAGAAGCAGAGUGACAUCAAGACUCGUGAUCUUGAGAACCCCUUGGCAGCUGUCGUCAUGGGUUUGAUUUACGUGAACCCUGAGGGUCCUGAUGCCAACCCUGACCCCAUUGCUGCUGCUCGGGAUAUUCGUAUCACCUUCGGCCGUAUGGCCAUGGACGACGAGGAGACCGUGGCUCUGAUUGCCGGUGGUCACACUUUCGGUAAGACCCACGGAGCUGGUCCCGCAGACAAUGUCGGCGCGGAACCCGAAGCCGCCGGUCUUCACCAGCAGGGUCUUGGUUGGACCAGCAAGCACGGCACCGGAAAGGGUGCUGAUGCCAUCACCUCUGGUCUGGAGGUUACCUGGACGAAGACUCCUACCAAGUGGAGCAACCAGUUCCUUGAGUACCUCUUCAAGUACGAGUGGGAGUUGACCAAGUCCCCCGCUGGUGCCAAUCAGUGGACCGCCAAGAACGCCGAGGACAUCAUCCCCCACGCUUUCGACGCCAACAAGAAGCAGAAGCCCCGCAUGCUUACCACUGAUCUGUCUCUGCGCUUUGACCCUGAGUACGAGAAGAUCUCGCGCCGCUUCCUCGCCAACCCCGACCAGCUCGCUGACGCUUUCGCCCGCGCUUGGUUCAAGCUGCUUCACCGUGAUAUGGGUCCCCGUGUCCGCUGGCUCGGACCUGAGAUUCCCCAGGAGACUCUCCUCUGGGAAGACCCCGUCCCCGCUGUGAACCACCCUCUCAUCGAUGUGGAGGAUGUCGCUGAGUUGAAGCGAGAGAUCCUCAACUCCGGUGUCGAGCACACCAAGUUCAUCUCUACUGCCUGGGCCUCGGCCUCUACCUUCCGUGGUGGUGACAAGCGCGGUGGUGCCAACGGUGCCCGUAUCCGUCUCGCUCCCCAGAACAAGUGGGAGAUCAACAACCCCGCCCAGCUGCAGGAGGUCCUGAAGGUCCUGGAAGACAUUCAGCGCCGUUACAACGGCUCCCAGACUGGUAACAAGCGGGUGUCGCUGGCCGACCUCAUUGUCCUGGCCGGUUCCGCCGCUCUGGAGAAGGCUGCCGGUAUCCCCGUUCCCUUCACCCCCGGUCGUACCGAUGCCACCGAGGAGCAGACCGAUGUCGACUCCUUCGGCUUCCUGGAGCCCUUCGCCGAUGGUUUCCGCAACUACGGCCGCUCCACUGGUCGUGUCCGCACUGAGCAGAUGCUCGUUGAUCGCGCUCAGCUCCUGACUCUGUCCGCUCCCGAGCUCACCGUCCUCGUCGGUGGUCUGCGUGUCCUCAACGGCAACUGGGACCGCUCCAACGCUGGUGUCCUCACCCAGCGCCCUGGCCAGCUGACCAACGACUUCUUCGUCAAUCUGCUCGACAUGAACACCGAGUGGAAGCCUACUGGUGCUGAUAACGAGACCUUCGAGGGUAUUGACCGCAAGACUGGUGCUAAGAAGUGGGAUGCCACCCGUGUUGAUCUCAUUUUCGGUCACCACGCUGAGCUCCGCGCUCUUUCUGAGCUUUACGGUAGCCACGAUGGCCAGUCCCAGUUCGUGCGUGACUUUGUCAGUGCUUGGGAUAAGGUUAUGAACUUGGACCGCUUCGACUUGGCUUAUGCUGCUCCCUUCAGCCGCCCUGCUCAUCUUUAA